AUGGCCGCCGACAAGCCCUCAAACACACACGACGAACACCCCAACCUUGACCCCUCCCACGAAGCCGCCCUCACCGGCGCCCUCGCCCUCGCCAACCUCUUCAGCAACUGCGUCGAAGCCUUCGGCCUAAUCCACCCCGCCCACAAAUGGGAAAAAGAAGAACAACUCCUCCUCUCCCGCCUGGGAAUCCAACAAGCCCGCCUCCUGAUCUGGGGCGACGUAGUCGGGAUCUGUUCCCCACCCAAAACCGUCACCGAUCGCGCCGUGCCCAAACACCCAAGCGCCGCGUAUCCAGAUGUCACCGAGGCGACGUUCUUCGGCGCCCGAGAUGCGAGGUUGGAUGAAAGUGGUGUGAGGACGGAAGUCGAGAAUGCGUUGGGGGCGAUUGUGGAUCGCUCGGCGGGCGCGAGUCGGGAUGAGAUGAUGGAGCGGUAUGGGCUCAAGCCGCCGAAACGGUUCACCGUAAUCCGGGAGCCGGCGUUGGAUGUGCAGCGGCUGGAGGGGUUUCGGGAAAGGUAUGAGUUGUUGCAGGAGGUCGGGGAGACGUAUGCGCAUUUGGGGGCGCGGAGGAGCAAUUCGAUCGUGGCUACUAGUUGGACUAUAGCGGAUAAUCUGAGGUUCGCGACGUUCAUUGCGUUGACCACGCAGAAGGUGGAUGAGUUGGUCAAGCUGAUGGGGGUGCAGGAUAAUGUUGAUAGGGGGAUGAGGGUGGAUAUUAAGAGUCUGGGGUGGCAUUUGACGGCGGAUAAGUCGAAGUUAGCUUCCGAUACUUCGAAGUUGAAGCUUCUGCAGGCCGUCUGUGACGCUGAUUAUCCCGAGUAUACUGCUGCGGUGCAGACGGCGCUGGAGAACAUCAAUCGGGAGAACGUGGAGAACUUUGGGGUGGCGAAUCCGUAUAUGACGGUGCCUGCAUCCCCGGCUCACCCUUCGAAUCUCCCGAAACCGAACCAUGCGCAUACGAAUGGGAGCGGGGAGAAGAAUAAGCGGCCGGGUCUCUUCAGCAUCUUCAAGUCGGGCUUCGGGAAAUCGAGCAACAAGGUCCCCAGCAGCAAGCGCGGCCGCAACCUCAGCGUCUCCUCCAUUGAGCCCCCUCGCUCGUAUUCAGAUGCCGGACCCACGACGUCCUUCUCACCAGAUGCGCCCCGUAUGACGGACGAGGAUGGAGCACCACUGGAGCCUCUUCGAAGCAAGUCGGUAGGUGCGAUUUUGGAUACGCCGACGACGACGAUCGAUGAGGUGUUUAUCAAGAACAGGCUGGAGCAGAUGCGCACGCAUGAUAGUGAGGGUGAUCGAAAUCCGCUUGAGCAGACGGAGACGGUGGGGAGUGUGAUCUCGAGGCAUGAUCAGUAUCAUGGGAUUGGGAGGGUGGAUACGAAGGAUCAGAGGCAGGGGUGGUGA